AUGAACAGUGCCAAAAAAGCACGCCCUGGGCGUCCUGGUGGUGUUCCGAAAAAAGCACCACAUCAAGAACAACAACAACAACCGAUGGACGCCGAUGUUGACGACGAUGCAUGCCUGUCGGAAGACGAGGAAGGAGGCACUCGCAUCGGGGGUAUAUACAUUCCUCCUCCAGUUCCUCCGUACUGCUCGACCGAAUGCAAAGGACCGCGGCUGAUCAUAGAAUGUAUUUCGAAUUACAAUUUCAAAAGCUACGCCGGCCACGUUAUGCUUGGCCCAUUCCAUCAACGGUUCUCCGCGAUCAUCGGUCCCAAUGGCAGCGGCAAAAGUAACGUGAUCGAUUCGAUGCUGUUCGUCUUCGGCUACCGGGCACAGAAGAUCCGCUCGAAGAAACUCUCGGUGCUGCUGCAUAAUUCCUCGAAACAUCCCAACACGAACAGCUGCACCGUUGGGGUGCACUUCAAGCAGAUUAUUGACAAAGAGGAUGGCACGUUCGAUGAGGUGCCGAACAGUGGAUUCGUCGUCGCACGGACGGCUUUCCGCGACAAUUCCUCGUACUACACGAUCGACAACAAGCGGGUACACUUUAAGGAGGUGUCGAAGCUGCUGAAACACCACGGCAUCGACCUGGACCAUAACCGGUUUCUCAUCCUUCAGGGUGAGGUAGAAUCGAUUGCGAUGAUGAAAUCCAAGGCACAAACGGAGAAUGAAUGCGGGCUGCUCGAGUACCUGGAGGACAUUGUCGGUACGACGCGCUAUAAACAACCGCUGCUGAAGAUCAACGAACGCGUUGAGGCAUUGAACGAGGAGCGCACAGAGAAGCACAACCGCUGCAAGCUAGCCGAGCGCGAAAUGAAGGACCUCGAGAAACCGAUGGAAGAAGCGGUCGAAUUCCUUCGGCAAGAGAACACACUGACGCGCACGAAAAACCAGCAGAUCCAAAAGUACAUCAGUGAGCAGAAGCGCAAGAUUGGCGAGUUCGAGGUGGAGCGAGACCAAGCGGCGGGCCUUCUCGCCAAGCACGACGAAACGUAUGAUGCCAUCAAGACGGAGCGGGUGGAAAAGGAGAAGCUAGUGAGGGAGGAAAUCAAACAGUAUGACGCAUUGGUGGCCUCAAAAGAAGCGAAAGAGAUGGCACUGAAGAACUCGCUCGACAAGUACGCCAAGGUGCAGGCAAACAUGCGAAACACGAACGAACGACGUAAGAAAACGCUCGUACAGAUCGAGAAGGAAAAGGAAAAGCUGAAGGAUCUGCUGACGGUUCCGGUGAAAAACCAGAAUGAGAUCGAAGAGUCGGAGAAAAAGAUCGAAUCUCUCACGAAACAGAAGACGGAAGUGGAGGCCACACUAACGGCCAACCUGGAAACACUUAAGGACGAAACGAAGGUGUUACUUGAGGAAAAGGAAAAGCUACAAACCGAGCUGAUCGAGCUAACGCGCGCCGUGGACGAAAGUAAGUCGGCCCUGGCGUUGGCCGAGUCGGAGCUAAAAAUUUGCCAAUCGAGCGAGGUGUCGGAGCAGCGCAAGCUCCAAAGUCUCCGCUAUUCGUUCGAGGACUCGCAGAAAACGCUGGAAGAGAAACGGGCACGCUUGCAAACCCUCGAAGAAGCACUACCUAUCGGCAAGGCAGAGUUGGAGGCGGCCCAACAGAAGCUGGUCGAAAAUGGCAAUGAGGAGAAGGAACUACGCCAACAGCUACGAGUGGUGCAGGGAAAGCUGCAAGAAGCAACCAGCGUCAUGCAGUCGACGCGCUCGCACGGAAAAGUGUUGGACGCGUUGAUGCGCCAGAAGAACGAAGGGCGCAUUCCCGGCAUUCUCGGAAGGCUGGGCAAUCUCGGCGGUAUCGAUGCGCGCUACGACGUUGCCAUUUCAACGUGCUGCGGCUACCUGGACCACAUCGUCGUUGAGACGGUCAACACGGCGCAGGCUUGCAUCGACUUCCUGAAGCAGCACGAUAUCGGUCGGGCGUCUUUUAUUGCGUUGGAAAAAAUUCAACAAUAUCGACAGUACUGUCGCAACACGAUACAGACGCCCGAAAACGUUCCCAGGCUGUUCGAUUUGAUCCGCGUGGAAGAUGAACGAGUCCUGCCGGCAUUCUACUUUGCCCUUCGCGAUACACUGGUGGCCGAAAAUCUCGACCAGGGCCAGCGGAUCGCCUACGGCCGACAGCGGUUCCGCGUCGUCACAGUCGGUGGUGACGUGAUUGAAACAUCCGGUACGAUGUCGGGCGGUGGCCGCUCGCAGCAGCGUGGUCGCAUGGGCACCCAGGUGCAGACAAAAACUUCUGCCAGCGAGCCGGCCGGUGUUUCCAGCCGCGAAAUCGAGCAGCUGCAAAUCCGCGCCCAAGACAUCCAAUCGCAGAUCAACUACCUACAGGAGCAACAGGGCGAGCUGGAAACCAACAUCCAGCAGCUAACGGCCAAGGUGAAGGGGCUCGAGAUGGAGCUGAAGCGUAUGCGCAUGGACGUCAAGAGCCUGCAGGAGCAGAUGCCGCGGCUGAAGGAGCAGCUCGACUAUCAGGAGGAGCGCGUCGCCCGGACCCACUCCGAUCCGGAGAAGGUCCGUGCGCUGGAGGCGAAGGUAGCAGAGUGCACCAAGGCCCACAAGAGCUCAAGUGCCAAGGCGGACAAAUUGCAGGCCGAAGUCGACCGGUACACGGAACAGAUUAACGAGAUCACCAACAGCAAGGUGAAAGUGCUGCAGACGAAGAUCGCCAACUUCGGGAAGCAGAUCGAUAAGCUGGCGGCCAACAUCUCGAAGCUCACCGUCGAAAUCAAAACGUCCGAGCGUAACGUCAAAAAGUCGGAGGAUAAGAUCAAAAGCAUGGAGGAAGAGGUCGAGGCUGCCAAGCAAUCGAUCCGCGAGGGAAACGACGAACGAUCACAGCUGGAAGAGGAAGCGAACCAACUGAAGGUGGAUCUGGAGGAGGUAAAGGUUGCGAUCGAGAAAGCUCACGAGGGCUCGUCUAGCAUCAAGAAGGAAAUCGUGGCGUUGCAGAAGCGCGAAGCGGAGGGCAAAAUGAAGCGGCUCGAGUUCGAACAGAUUCUGCAAACGAUCGAAGCGAAACUGCAAGAAACUAAAGACACGUUGCCCCAUUGGCGGGAUAAGCUGAAACCACUUAAAUUACAUGAAAUUCCGGGCGAAUCUGCACCAGAACCAUUGAAAGAGUACAGCGAGGAGGAGUUAAGCAGCUACAAACUGCCCGACCUACAAUACCAAAUAUCCAUCCUCGAGGAGAAGCUCAACUCGAACAAACCGAACCUGUCCGUGAUCGACGAGUUCCUCAAGAAGCAGGAAGCGUACCUAAGCCGCGUUAAGGUGCUGGAGGAGAUAACGGCCAAACGUAACGAGAUGCGCCAGCUGCACGACGACGUGCGCAAGAAGCGGUUCAACGAGUUCAUGCUCGGAUUCCACAUCAUCACCAAGAAGCUGAAGGAGAUGUACCAGAUGAUUACGCUCGGGGGUGAUGCCGAGCUUGAGCUGGUGGACUCGAUGGAUCCGUUCAACGAGGGCAUCGUGUUUAGCGUACGCCCACCGAAGAAGUCAUGGAAGAUGAUUUCGAACCUUUCCGGUGGUGAGAAAACGUUGUCCUCGUUGGCACUGGUGUUUGCCCUGCAUUACUACAAACCCUCGCCACUGUAUGUGAUGGACGAGAUCGAUGCGGCGCUCGAUUUUAAGAAUGUCUCUAUCGUGGCACAUUAUAUAAAGGAACGUACGAAAAAUGCCCAAUUUAUCAUUAUCUCCCUGCGCUCGAAUAUGUUCGAAUUGUCGGACUAUCUGGUCGGCAUUUAUAAGGUGAGCGAUUGCACCAAUUCCGUCACGAUCGGGAAUGAUCCUCCGAAAUUUGAGUCGCACAUCGGCGCAUCACAGCAGCCAACGCAACAAUUUGGCUACAACGACCAGAGCAUAAACCUUCAUGAGGAAUCCGUGGCCGCUUCAGUAGAGGAUACCGAGAAAAGCACGGCAGCAUCCGAAGGAGCCCAAUCACCAUCUGUUUUAAAUGGGGACGUGGAAAAAGAAGCCGUUGCUGGAAAUAAUUCCGAUGACACCGUAGAAUCAGCCGUGCAAGAGAGUUCGCCCGAUGUUAGACAGGCAGAACCGAUGGAGGUUGACGAAGGAGUGCAGUAGUUUGUGCCUUUGCAGGCGCGAUUGUGAGUCCCAGUUGACUAUGUAUUUCUACCUGACCAUCCCAUUUUACAUUGAAUUUUGUCAAGAAAUAUAUAUAAGAUGAGAAAAUAUCGUUUUACAUGGAACGAAAC